AUGCCGACAACGUCCGUCAGAGAAGGAGGGCCUACCCUCAAGGGCCCCUCUGACUUCCCAGAUAGUCCUCUCCGCGUGGCUUCGCGGCAACCCCUGAUGCUAGGUGUCUUCCUCGACCUGCAAGACAGGAAGCUUUCUUCUUUCCCGACAAGCAACAGCUGGACAUUCGACUAUAACCUGGAAAUUGUGCGUAAGGCUGAAGAAGCCGGAUUCGAUAUCGCAUUCAGCCGAAUGCAAUGGCUUCCCAAAGGAGGUUAUGACGGUGAAGCCUCAUUGGACGCAUUUAUCGCCCUGGGUGCAAUGGCGGCGGCCACAAGCAAAAUCCUUUUGAUCUCAACGAUCCAUGUUCUUUACGGCCCACUCCAUCCACUACAUAUUGCCAAAUUCGGCGCCACGCUCGAUCAUAUAUCGAAGGGACGAUGGGGGAUCAACAUUGUAACAGGACACCGCGCAGUCGAACACCAGAUGUUCGGAUGGAACCGGAUCGAGCACGACAAGCGCUAUGAGAUGGCGGGUGAACUUUUUGAUGUGGUAAAUAGUCUCUGGGGCGAGACUGAGAAUCUAACAUACGAGGGCAAGGUUUCGCCAUGGAAGCUCGAGAACGCCUGGGUCACACCAAAGCCAUUGUACGGCCGGCCUGUACUCGUUAACGCGACCGGCUCUCCCGCAGGUGUAGACUUUGCGGUCAGGUACUCGGACCUGGUGUUUAUCACCUCGCCUGCUGGGGCGGAUAUACAGAGUGCGCUUGAUUCACUCCCAGAUCACAUUGCGGGUAUAAAGAAUGCUGCUGGGAACGCGCAUCGUGAGAUCAAAGUGCUCAUAAAUCCCGUUAUUGUUUCCAGGAAUACAGCGGAAGACACUCAAGCCUAUUUGCAGAGCAUUGUUGACGGGAUGGGGGUGGACGAGAAGGAAAGGCGGCCUUUCACGAAAUAUGAUAGUGAUGCGCAUGCUUGGAGAGGACAGAAUGAUUUCCGCAAGCAAGGGUACAACCUCGGUGGUAAUGUAGAGGUCAUUGGAACGCCUGAGGAAGUUGUUGAGCAGCUUAAAGCUCUGCAUAGUGUUGGCAUUGAUGGUGUCCAGCUAGGGUUCUACGACUGGAAAGUCGACUUCGAUCACUUUCUGGAACACAUUCUUCCGCUGUUAAAGGAGGGUGGACUGCGGAUUGGUUAG